AACCUAUUGUUUAAUUCUUUGCUAUCAAUAAUAUUGUGAAACACUAUUAGUGUAAACGUGUAUCCAACAAAGCACCAAAUUCCCAUUUUUUUCCAAAUUGUUCACGGAUUAUCUCGGCAUCUUGCCUAGACAUUCUUGGAAAUUCAAGAAUAACCCUAAAACUUUUUUGUAGUCCAAAUUUGGGUCUUCAGGUUUAACGCCAUUGUUUUUGCGCCCCCUUCCUAUAUUCACCUUUCUCUCACCAUUGCUGAUUGUGGUCUUCUCAAGACCCACGUAACAUGUUUGUUAAAAUGCCUCUUAGAAACCAAUGACCUCCAAAACAAUAUUUCAUGAACUCUUCUUACUGUUAUUAUUAUUAUCCUUACUCGAAAUGGUAAAGCCCCUUAAACCCAUAUUUCUCUAUUCCUUAAAAAACCCACAUCACAGUAGCAAAUUCAGGCAUUUUUCUUAUCUGGGUUGUCUUCAAUUUACAUCAAAACCUGAUUUUUUUCAAGAAAACAACAACCCAUCUUUCAUUGUUUCUAAGGUAUUAGAAAUAUUGUCUAAUCCUAGGUUGCAAUGGCAGACAAGUGUAGAGCUGAAUUCAUUGAGCUCAAAAAUAAGACCCCGCCACGUGGCAAAACUAGUUGAGAUUCAUGAAAAUACUGAAGUAGCAUUAAGGUUUUUUUAUUGGGUUUCUAAGAAGCAUUUUUACAAACAUGAUAUGAGCUGUUAUGUUUCCAUGUUGAAUAGGCUCGUUUUUGAUAAGAAAUUUGGACCUGCUGAUCAUGUGAGGAUCUUGAUGAUCAAAUGUUGUAGAAAUGAGGAUGAAAUGAAACGGGUUAUUGAGUAUUUAAGUGAACUUGGAAGAAAAGGUUUUGGGUAUAGUUUGUAUAGCUUUAAUACUUUGUUGAUUCAGUUAGGUAAGUUUGAGAUGGUUGAGGCAGCUAAGAAUGCUUAUCAAGAAAUCAUGAGCAGUGGGAUUGAGCCGAGUUUACUGACUUUUAACACCAUGAUAAACAUAUUGUGCAAGAAAGGGAGAGUUGAGGAGGCUAAGUUGAUAAUGAGUCAUAUUUAUCAGCGUGAAUUGAGUCCCGAUGUAUUCACGUAUACAUCUUUGAUUUUGGGGCAUUGUAGGAAAAGGGACUUGGAUGCAGCAUUUGUGGUAUUUGAUCGGAUGGUUCAGGACGGAAUAGAUCCGAAUGCAGCAACUUAUACUACUCUUAUAAAUGGACUUUGCACGGAGGAGAGAGUCGAUGAGGCUAUGGAUAUGCUUGAUGAGAUGAUUGAGAAAGGUAUUGAACCUACUAUUUAUACGUACACAGUUCCAAUUAGUUCCUUCUGUGCACUUGGACGUGAGAAGGAGGCAAUUGAUCUUGUAAUGAGCAUGAGAAAGAGGGGUUGUGAACCGAAUGUGCAGACAUAUACAGCUCUAAUUAGUGGGCUGUCUCAAUCUGGACUCCUUGAAGUAGCGAUCGGAUUGUACCACAACAUGUUGAGAAAAGGUUUGCUCCCAACUAUGGUUACAUUCAAUAUAUUGAUAACUGAAUUAUGCGGAGCAAGAAAAGUAGAUAGAGCUUUCAGAAUUUUCCGUUUGAUUGAAGCACAUGGAUACAAACCCAACACUAUAACUUACAAUGCACUGAUCCAUGGAUUAUGCUUGGUUGGGAAUAUUGAAAGGGCAAUGGUUCUACUAAGUGAGAUGCUAAAGGUGGGUCCGGCUCCAACAGUGAUUACUUAUAAUACCCUCAUUAAUGGAUACCUUAAACGGGGAUUUCUCGACAAUGCUAUGAGACUGCUGGAUUUGAUGAAGAAUAAUGGAUGUAAAGCCGAUGAAUGGACAUAUGCAGAACUUAUUUCUGGUUUCUGCAAGAGGGGCAAGCUUGAUUCGGCUUCAGCUCUCUUCCAGGAAAUGAUAAAGCAUGGUUUAAGUCCAAACCAGGUCAACUAUACAGCUUUAAUUGAUGGUCUUUCCAAGGAAGGGAAAGUGGAUGAUGCGCUUGCAUUGCUUAAAAGGAUGGAAGAGAGUGGUUGCAGUCCAGGCAUAGAAACUUACAAUGCUAUCAUAAAUGGUUUGUCCAAACAAAAUAGACUUUUGGAAGCAGAGAGACUAUGUAAUAAGAUUGCAGAAAGCGGACUGCUCCCAAAUGUCAUCACUUACUCUACUUUGAUUGAUGGUCUUUGUAGGAAUGGUGGGACUCGUCUUGCAUUUAAGAUUUUCCAUGAUAUGGAGAGAAGAAAUUGCAUACCAAACCUGUACACUUACAGUUCGCUAAUCUACGGUUUAUGUCUUGAAGGCCAGGCUGAUAAUGCAGAGAGCUUACUCAGAGAAAUGGAGACAAAAGGGUUAGCUCCUGAUUUAGUGACGUAUACUUCACUAAUUGAUGGUUUUGUAGCAUUGGGUAGACUAGAUCAUGCAUUUUUACAUCUUCGCCAGAUGGUUGAUAAGGGUUGUGAACCAAAUUAUAGAACCUUUGGUGUGUUGUUGAAAGGAUUGCAAAAGGAGCAUCAAUUUAUUCCAGGGGAGGUUUCCGUCCUGCCUGAAAGAGUGUAUAGUAUCACAGCUAGCAAGAAUGAUGUUAGUUUUGAACUGCUAUGUACUCUACUAGAUAGAAUGUCAAAAAUGGGUUGUGAGCCAAAUGAAGGCACAUAUUGCACUUUACUUUUUGGUCUGUCUAGAGAAGGUAAAACUUAUGAGGCAGACCACUUGAUAGAACAUAUGGAAGAGAAAGGCUUCAGUCCUACUAGUGCAGUACAUUGCUCUCGUGUAGUUUCUUAUUGCAAUAAUUUGAAAGUGGAUGCCGCUUUGGAAAUAUUUGAUUCAUUGGUUCAACAAGGUUUUCGACCUGCUUUGUCAAUUUAUCAAUCACUCAUUCGUGCUCUCUGUAGAAGUAGCCGCCUAAAAGAAGUUGAAGUGCUAUUUGAAAACAUGAUUGGGAAACAGUGGAACAAUGAUGAGAUUGUUUGGACCAUCCUAAUUGAUGGUUUACUCAAGGAGAGAGAAUCUGAAUUGUGCAUGAAGCUUCUUCAUGUCAUGGAAUCCAAGAGCUGCACUAUUAAUUUCCAGACGUAUGUUAUCUUGGCAAGAGAAUUGUCCAAACUAGAUGGUUAAAUGAUACGAGUCAAGUGAUUUUUUUGAGAUGCAGUUGAUCGGCAGCUCCACAAAGCAGAAAUAAGUCAAGUUUAGAAAUAGGAUUAAAGCUUGCUUCAGAAGUUUUGAGGUGUUCAACUGCAAAACCUGGUCGAAUUUACUGUUCCUUUGUUUUCCGGGAACAUGUGAACCCUAAACUCGAUCCACUUUGAUAGUCGUCAAUUCUCACCUGCUUAUGGCAUUUUACAUGUCCAGCAAAGUAGGAAUCAGACCAUAAGGCAUUGGCUAGAGCAGCCAUAUUGAUUCUUUUAACACAUACACCCGCUCAAAAGGUUUUAUUUUUUACCCUCUCUUGUUUUCCUUCUCUAAUACAAGAUUUAUGUAAGUAAUUAGAGUGCAGUCCCAUUUUCGGAAUUAGCCUGGAGGAAUAACACAGCAGUUGAUGUACAUAGAUCUCACUUAGCUUCAGAGUUGAAUGCCUUAGAAAUCUUUGGCAAUUGAUGAUGAUUUACUCUGCAUCAUUAUAUUCAUGAUUUAGAGUUGAGCAGGAUGUUGUAAUACUUGUAUUGAUUCAGGCAUAAUUGCAGGUUAUAAGGUAUGCCUGCAAUAUUUUUUUGUACUUUGGCUUUGUUUUAAAUAUUUGUUUAUUUAUUUUCGAAGGUGUCUGGAUUAACUGCUGUAGGAUCACUUCGGGUUACAUUCAGUGUAUUCAUUUUUACACUUAUGAGAUGCCAAC